AUGGCUUCCUUCCAGGUGAUGCUGGUUCUCUUUGCUUUGCUACAGCAAUCAUUGCCCACUAAAGGAAAGGAUCCAGCUUUCACUGCAUUGUUAACCAACCAACCGCAAAUUCAAAGAGAGAUUGUAAAUAAACACAAUGAACUGAGGAGAUCAGUUAACCCCACUGCCAGCAACAUGCUAAAAAUGGAGUGGAACAUAGCAGCAUCAGGAAAUUCUCAAAAAUGGGCUAACAAGUGUAUUUUAGAGCACAGUAAUUCCCAAGACCGAAAACUCAAUACAAAAUGUGGUGAGAAUCUCUAUAUGUCAAGUGACCCUACUUCUUGGUCAGCUGUAAUUCAAAACUGGUAUGAUGAAAGUGAGUUUUUUACUUAUGGUGUAGGAGCAAAACCCAAUGCAGCUGUCGGUCAUUAUACUCAGGUUGUUUGGUAUUCAUCUUACAAAGUUGGAUGUGGAAUUGCUUACUGUCCCAACCAAGACAUCCUAAAAUACUUCUAUGUUUGCCAAUACUGUCCUGCGGGUAACAAUGCGUUGAAAAAGGGCACUCCUUACCAUCAAGGGGAAGCUUGUGCUAGCUGUCCCAAUAACUGUGACAAUGGACUAUGCACCAAUAGCUGUGAGUAUGAAGAUUUGCUUAGUAACUGUGAGUCCUUGAAGAGCACAGCAGGCUGUGGACACGAGCUUCUCAAGGAAAAGUGUCAGGCUACUUGCCUGUGUGAAGGCAAAAUUCACUAA